CCCCGCGCCGCCCUUGUGGAGAGGAGGAGCGGGGGGGGGGAGGAAACAGCUGGUGCAACGGCGGCGGCGGCGCAGCGACAGCGGCUUCGUGAGUCGGAGGGCAGCGAGAGAGCGAGCGAGCGCAGAGACCCAGGCCAGCCGUAAAGCAUGUCGUCGAGUGACCCACCUCCACCCUAUCCGGGGGGACCUUCUGCCCCACUCAUAGAAGAGAAGGAUGGCUACCUUUACCCAGCAGGUGGAGUCUCGCCCACAAUGGUGCAGCCACAAGGAUCCCCGCAGCCCCCGAUGGAUAUUGGACCCCCGCCGUACGAGCCUUCACCGCACAUGGGCAUCGAUGGCUCGGUGCCCUACAUGCCACCUGGAGGCUACUACAUGCCCCCAGGACCACAUCCCCCCAUGGGCUACUACCCUCCGGCAGGCCCCUACGCCCCUGCGGGGGGCCAGACGGCCACGGUGCUGGUGCCCUCGGGGGCCGCGGCCACCGUGACCGUCCUGCAGGGCGAGAUCUUCCAGGCCGCCCCCGUCCCGACUGUCUGCCCGCACUGCCAACAGGCCAUCACCACCAAGAUCACGCACGAGAUCGGCCUCAUGAACUUCCUGCUGGGGUUCUUCUGCUGCUUUGUGGGGUGCGACCUGGGCUGCUGCCUGAUCCCCUGCCUGAUAGACGAGUUCAAGGAUGUGACACACACCUGCCCCAACUGCAAGGCCUACAUCUACACGUACAAGCGCAUGUGCUAGCAGUGCCCGCUGGGCCAGGAGACGUCCACCCCCCUCCUCGCGCCGCUGGCCUGACUCACCUGUGCCCAAUGCUCCCCCCUGCUUGUGUCUUCCCUCCUCCCUCCUGCACAGAGAGCUUUGAAGGCCUCAGGACUGCGGGGUCCCUGGGGCUGCCCGGGGAAGCUGCAGGGCGGGCGCCACAACCGCCAGGCGGGCGAGCCAUGGCCAGCCUCCCCCCCCCAUGUGCAUGUGUGGGCUCCCUGCCUCUAGCACCUCUUGGUUAGGAUCUGGCCGCAUGAUUCCCACGGGCAUCUUGUUGGCCAGUGAGACCGGGAUGCUGGACUAGAAGGGCCAUGGGCUGCCAUGACGUGCGAGGAAGGCCUCAUCCCUGUGGGGCACCUCCCUGGGAUGGUGAGGAAGGGGGCCAAGGCCUGGUGUGUUUGCUUUCUUGACUUCUCCUUGGAGUGGCAGGCAAGGUGCUGCAGACCUCCCUUGUCCCCAAAGGUGUGGCAUGAAUCAUGGGGCAUGUUGGGUGGUUUUUGUUUAAAGGAAAACCUCGGCCGUUGUGCUGGGGGGGGGGCUGCUGCUGCCCCUCUUCCUUUUGCACCCUGCCAAAAGCUACUCUACUGUUUUGAGAGGGCAGGGGAGAGGGCAGAGGCCAGCUUGGGCCCCUGAGGAAGUAGUCCCUUCCUCUCCUCAUUCCCCCGUGAGCUUCGCUGCCUCCACAAGGCUCUUCUGCACCCCUUGCCCAGCUUCCUCCCCCGUCAUUGGUGGUGGGGGCUGUGCCCUGGGCCGUGUCCCUACGCCAGUCUUCUUUGCCUCUCCUUGGCAUAUGAAGGCCAAGAGACGGCCCAGGAGAACCCUGUAUCCAGGCCCCUCUCCCCACAUGUAAAUACCUUGUCUAAUCGGAAUCUGCUUGUCCGAGUUCUGUUCUGUGAUGUGGUUUGUUUCCCCCCCCCCCGUUUGUAUUAAAGCUCUUAACUGUGACUUAACAGAAAUGUGAAAGCCCUGUGCACACCUCCGUCCCCCGUCCCCCCAGUUUUGCACUAAUUCCUCCAGAAAAGCCACUACGUUGCAUGGAUGAGCAACAGGACAAAGCAAGGCCGAGAGGGCUUGUCCUGAGAUUCCACGCAGAGGGGGCUCAAGUCCAUUGCCAAAUGCUCCGUUUCGAUGGCGGGUAUCACCUUAGUUUGGCAUGUGUCCCCCCCCUUCCUGAUGCUGUGCCUCCAGCGUGCGUGGCCUCCCACCCCCUUAAGACACAGGUCCACGCCCUCUGGCGCCCUGCCCUGGGUGCCUCGUCCGUCCCAAGGGCUGCUGCAUAGGAAGACCUGAGGAAUGCAAAAAGGCUCUUGGCUCUGAACACAACACUACGGAGGCAUCUAUGAAGUAUUUUGAUCCAGCAGGGAGCUUCAUGCUCUUUCUCAGAGGCAACCUGUUGAUGCUUUUCCAUGUUUCUAUAUAAUUAAAAUACAGACCCACAA